AUGGGUAAGACUCCAGUAAAGUUUGCUUUAAUGGGCAAUGGCGCGAUAUUCCGCUUCUUCGCUACAGCGAAUUACGACGGUGGCAUGAUGCAAGAAUCAGAGGAUGAAAAUAUGGAAAUGGAACACGAACGUGACGGAUCGAUGCCGUAUGAUGAGCAAAGCGAAGAGUGUGAGAUUGACUCACUGCCUGCAUUACCGGAUGCGGAAGUGUUGGAGCGAAUUCGCGAUGAGAAAAAACGAGGGAUGUUCGUUUCGGGAUGGGAGGAGGACGAUGAAGGGAUUGCAGAGAAGAAUCUCGAUGACCCAGCUGAGCAAAUGCUGACAGCUGCUGAAACGGGCGAUGUUAAACUGCUGGUGGAACUUUACCAACGUGAUCGAUCCCUCCUCGAAGUUAGUAAGUCUUUGGCGUGA